AGCAGUGGGAGCAGAACACAGCUGUGCAGUGUAGAAUUGACAGGAGUGACUGGUUCUGGAAGAAUUUCUCAACUUCGAUACAAGAUGGCUGAUCGUUGAAAAAAUCGUACAAAGAUCUCGCCGUUUUGCGCCCAGUUACAGUCUCCGAGUGCCAAAAUAUUGUUAAAUUCCGAUUCGAGACAAUGGUGUCCAAGAAACUGACUCCGAUUUUCACUCUAACGAUCAUACUCUGUGCCACUUUCCUACCACAUACUGUCGAAGGUAUCCUCAAGAGAUGCGUUCAGUGCAGAUCGAGGGGUGAAUUGGGAUCCUGCAAGGACAAAUUCACGAUGAAUGCAACGCAGAUUGCCGAAGAGCACGGAGUGGAGGCAGUUCCAUGCGCCUCCGGAUGGUGCGGAAAAAUAAUCGAGAGUCAAAAUCUCAACAACGAAUAUGGAACAGCGACACAACGAAUGUGCCUUCAGCGUGGCCCAGACGAUUACGAGGAACGUUGUUCGAACACAAUUUGGAACUACAAGAAGGUCUACAUAUGUUUUUGUCUAGGCGAUCUUUGCAAUGCCUCAACGAGAACAAUUUUGCCCAGCAUUACCGUGCUAAUCGUAAUUGGUUUUGUGGGAAGGUGGUUUAUUUUAUGAUCAUACGCUCCAAGAUAAUCGUGACCAUGUAAUAAUGUAUAACGAAGUGCUACAGCCACAGAAAAGAAGUACUUUUAAUUGGGACUUUCGAACUGCUGCAGGGUGAUAAAAGUGACCGCUUAUCCAAACGUUACAUGUUUUAUAAUAUGAGGUGAUCGGUUUGGUGAUGAAAAAUACUCGAUAAUUUAUGGCGGUAAAAUUUCCUAUCGCUUGGAUCACGUUAGAAGAGAAUCAAUUCCCGUAUGGUAAAGAAAAUGUAUAAUGUUUAAUUGGCUACAUGAUUAUAUAAUUUUGGCAGCAUAAAUAUGUAGUAUGCUCCGUUUGAAUAUAAAUACCUACAUAUAUACCGUAUUGCGAAAACUAUACAUGCAUUGUGUGUAUACCCAUAUACACAAAUUAUGUGUAUUCUAAUCAGUAUAGUUUAUAGCAUUUAUAAAUAAUGAACUGUGUAUAUUAAUGUUAAAAAAUAUUGUCGUAUUUCCAAUGAAUUGUUAAUUUUAUACAAUGAAUAAGUCUAUAAUGUAUUCGAUAAUUAUACUUAUAAUACUCAUUCGUUUGUGUCCUCCAAUUUGUAUAUCAUAUAUAUAAUACAAAGUACUCGAGAAGUACCCGACGAUUUUAUAACGGGACGUCCAAACAUGUAUCGUAUAUGUAUAUUAUAUUAUAUUACGGAUCUACCAGGCUGGGAAAA